UCUUUUCACUUUGCAGCUAAGCCGCUUAAAUUGUUUAUUUUAAUAAAACUACGAGCCGCCGAUAAGUUGCUUUUUGCGGCACAUACGUCUCUUUGGCAUCUUCGCCCGAAUAUCGGAUUUUCAAAUUCGGGAUCUUCAGCGUUGCUACUUGGGAGACGGGUCUCUCAGCUCUUGCGAGAAUGAGUUCAUAAUGAAGCGGCGACUGGAGGAUCAGGAAACGAUUUUUGCGUCCCAGCAGCGGCGCCUCGCUGGCACCCCGGAGGCCUUCCAGCACCGCGUCCUGGCCCCGGCUCCAGCCCCGGCGGUGUAUGAGGCCGCGUCUGACAACAUGCAGCCCACAGCAGGCGUCCAGUACUCCGUCCCACAAUACCAGGUGUCUCUGCUUUCCCAGGUCGCCACUGCGGCCCAGAACAGUGGCGUGCAUGGGCACACCCCGAACCCGGCCGUCCACGGCGGGUCCCACCACCACAGCCCCGUGGCGGUCCACGGGCCCUCGGUGAUGCCGGGGCACGGCCACACGGCGGCUCCCCAGGCCUCCGCACAGGGCCAGCAGUUCCAGAGGCUCAAGGUAGAAGAUGCUCUGUCUUACUUGGAUCAAGUGAAGCUGCAGUUUGGCAACCAGCCUCAGGUCUACAACGACUUCCUGGACAUAAUGAAGGAGUUCAAGUCUCAAAGAAGCCGAUUUAUUUUAAACCAGAACGUUGUUGUAGAGAUACAACCAAGAGACAAUAUUGACACCCCCGGGGUCAUCAGCAGAGUGUCACAGCUCUUCAAAGGUCACCCCGACCUCAUCAUGGGCUUCAACACCUUCCUGCCGCCUGGCUACAAGAUCGAGGUCCAGAACCCCGACCUGGUCAACGUGACCACGCCUGGUCAGAUCCACCACAUCACCCCGCACGGCAUUUCAGUCCAGAACAUUCCCAUAAUAGGAGCGGCCACCCAGCAUCCGCCCCAGCUCCCGUCUGCUGCGACCGCCGCCGUCGCCGCCGCCCCGCCCCUUCUGAUGCAGCCCACCCCUGCCAAGAUGAGCAAGCCUCUUCAGCCCCCGCCGUUGACACCGAGCGAUCAGAGCAAUCCGUCCAUCCCCGCGUACACCUCUCCUCGCUCGCCGCCCAUGCAGCUCCACCCGCCCCUCAGCGGGACCCCCACUGGGCCGCCCACGCAGAACAACCAGCCCGUGGAGUUCAACCACGCCAUCAACUACGUCAACAAGAUCAAGAACCGCUUCCAGGGCCAGCCCGACAUCUACAAAGCCUUCCUGGAGAUUCUCCACACGUACCAGAAGGAGCAACGUAACGCCAAGGAGGCCGGCGGGAACUACACGCCGGCUCUGACGGAGCAGGAGGUGUACGCUCAGGUGGCGAGACUCUUCAAGAACCAGGAGGACCUGCUCUCCGAGUUUGGCCAAUUUCUCCCCGAUGCCAACAGUUCGGUGCUGCUCAGCAAGACCACGGCGGAGAAGGCCGAGUCGGUACGGAACGACCACGGCGCCACGGCCAAGAAGCUGCAGCUCAACAACAAACAGAGGCCCAAUCAGAACGGCUUGCAGAUCCGCCGGCAUCCCGCUCCGGGGGCCACGCCCCCCGUCAAGAAGAAGCCCAAGUUGCUGAAUUUGAAAGAUCCCUCGGUGGCGGAUGCCAACAAGCAUGGAGUGGGAACAGAAUCUCUGUUCUUCGAGAAGGUGCGCAAAGCGUUGCGAAGUUCGGAGGCCUACGACAACUUCCUGCGGUGUCUGGUCAUCUUUAACCAGGAGGUGAUCUCCAGGGCUGAACUCGUGCAGCUGGUGCUUCCAUUUUUAGGAAAAUUCCCAGAGCUGUUCAACUGGUUCAAAAACUUCCUGGGAUAUCAGGAGAUGUCCCACAUCGAAACGUACCCCAAGGAGCGGGCCACCGAGGGCAUCGCCAUGGAGAUCGAUUAUGCUUCCUGUAAGAGACUCGGUUCCAGUUACAGAGCGCUGCCCAAAAGCUACCAGCAGCCCAAGUGCACCGGCAGGACGCCACUUUGUAAAGAGGUCUUAAACGACACCUGGGUCUCCUUCCCCUCCUGGUCUGAGGACUCCACGUUUGUCAGCUCCAAGAAGACUCAGUACGAGGAGCACAUCUACAGAUGCGAGGACGAGCGCUUUGAGUUGGACGUGGUGCUGGAGACCAACCUGGCCACCAUCCGGGUCCUGGAGACGGUGCAGCGGAAGUUGUCCCGCAUGUCGGCGGAGGAGCAGGCCAAGUUCCGCCUGGACGGCGCGCUGGGCGGCUCCUCGGAGGUCGUGCACCGCAAGGCCAUCCAGAGGUUAUACGGAGACAAGGCGCCCGACAUCAUCGACGGCCUCAAGAAGAACCCCGCCGUCUCCGUCCCCAUCGUGUUGAAGAGGUUAAAGACCAAGGAGGACGAGUGGCGGGAAGCCCAGCGCAGCUUCAACAAGAUCUGGAGGGAGCAGAACGAGAAGUAUUACCUCAAGUCCCUCGACCACCAGGGCAUCAACUUCAAACAGAACGACACCAAAGUGCUUCGCUCCAAGUCCCUGCUGAACGAAAUCGAAAGCAUUUACGAUGAGCGCCAGGAGCAGGCGUCCGAGGAGAACGCCACGCCGCCCGCGGGCCCCCAGCUGACGCUGCCGUACGAGGACAGCCAGAUCCUGGAGGACGCGGCGGCGCUCAUCAUCCACCACGUCAAGCGGCAGGCCGGCAUUCAGAAGGAGGACAAGUACAAGAUCAAGCAGAUCAUCUACCACUUCGUCCCCGACAUGCUGUUCUCCCAGCGCGGCGAGCUCUCCGACGUGGAGGAGGAGGAGGAAGAGGACGAGGACGAGGACGAGGAGGAGAUGGACGCGGAGGAAGGCGCCGCCAAAAAGCACAACGGCGUGCCCGGCAGCCGGAGCCCCUCCAAGUCCAAGCUGCUGUUCGGCGGCGCGGCGGCGCAGAAGCUGCGCGGCGGUGCCGACGACGCCUACAACCUCUUCUACGUCAACAACAACUGGUACAUCUUCCUGCGGCUGCACCAGACGCUGUGCUCGCGGCUGCUGCGGCUCUACGGGCAGGCGGAGCGGCAGAUCGAGGCGGAGGUCCGGGAGCGGGACUGGGAGCGGGAGGUCCUGGGCCUGAGGAAGGAGAAGAAUGACAACCCGGCCGUCCAGCUGAGGCUGAAGGAGCCCAUGGACAUCGAGGUGGAGGAUUACUACUCGGCCUUCCUGGAGAUGGUUCGUAAUCUGCUGGAUGGCAACAUGGAGGCGUCUCAGUACGAAGACUCGCUGAGGGAGAUGUUCACCAUCCGCGCGUACGUCGCCUUCACCAUGGACAAGCUCAUCCAGAGCAUCGUGCGGCAGCUCCAGCACAUCGUGAGCGACGAGAUCUGCGUCCAGGUCACGGACCUCUACCUCGCGGAGAGCGCGGUCGGCGCCAGCGGGGGAACCGCCGCCACCCAGUCCUCGAGGAGCUCCGCGGAGGCCGCGUACCAGCGGAAGGCCGAGCAGCUCAUGGCCGACGAGAACUGCUUCAAGGUGAUGUUUUCGAGGACCCGGUCGCAGGUGCAGCUCUUGGUGGAGCUGCUCGACACCGAGGAGGAGAACUCCGACGAGCCGAUGGAGAACGAGCGCUGGUCCGAUUACGUCGACCGCUACUUAAACCCCGAUUCCACCACCCCGGAGCUGAGGGAGCACCUCGCUCAGAAGCCCGUUUUUCUUCCCAGGAAUCUGAGGCGGAUCAGGAAGUACCAGAAGGGCCGUGAGCAGCUGGACAAGGAGGCCUGCGAGGGAGGCAAGAAGUCCCUGGAGAAGGAGAAGAUGGAGUGCAUGUUCAAACUCAACUCCUACAAGAUGGUGUACGUCUUCAAGUCUGAGGACUACAUGUACAGACGCACCGCCCUGCUGCGCGCUCACCAGUCACACGAGCGGGUCAGCACGCGGCUGCACACGCGCUUCCAGGCCUGGGUGGACACGUGGGCCACGGAGCACGUGACCCGCGACAUGGGCGCCGACACCACCAAGUGGCUGAUGGGCAGCGCGCGCGAGGGCCUGCUGCCCUGCACCACCAGCUGCCAGCCCGAGAUCCUCCACUUCGUGAACAUCAACAAGUACCGCGUCAAAUACGGCCCGCCGGCCGCCAAGGCGCCGUAGCCGAGGGCGAACGGGAGGAGAGAGAGACACUGAUUUCGUGGGGGUGUUGGGGUCAAACAGGUCAGGAGCGGAGGUAUGGACGAGGGCUUAUUAACGUGUUUUUAAAGGUCGACGUGGCAGCACAACUAAGCUAGCUACCGUGUGUGUGUGUGUGUGUGUGUUGCACACGGGGCGGCAGGAUUACUGAUUUUACCAGCGUUUUCUGCUGGGCCCAGUUUUAUUUUUUUUCCAGGGCCUUUUCGGUGCCAAAACAUAGGAAUCGUCACGGCGACCCGGCACUCACCAGCACUCGGAGCCACGUCUCACGUCCCUGAGCCCCUCUUUUUUUUUCUUUUCUACGGGGGCUCAGCGACGUAAACGGUGAGCCCAUGAGAGAGAGAGAGAGAGAGAGGGGUGCUUUUUUUUUUUUUCUUUUGUACUUUUUUAUCACAACUGAGCUUCGUUUUCGAUUUUUUUUCCCAUUUUGUCAGAAGCCGUCAGAGUGAGACCUCCAUCGAGGUGAAUCGGUCGCACGGGGAAUGUUUCCUUACGAUCGUGUUGUUCUACAGUAUCCGUGGGGGGGGACGACACAAUGUGGUGGACAAGUGCACUUAUUUAGAAAGGAGGUAAACCUUUCUCAACCGUUUAUUUGAAGGUUUGGACAGGAGCACAACAGUCCGGGGGAUCGGGGUCUGACAUUCCUGCAUCACGGUCAAAUCACAAUUAUGUAACCUAUCACAAGACGGAGCGGGGGGGGAGGGGGGGUAGUUACACUUCCUCUCCCGAGACACACGUGGCAGCAUUAUUAGGAACUGUUCCUGAGCCCCAAACAGUUACUGUCGGGUCAAACAGGACGGGUGCAUUUAUGUACAAAAACAACAACUGAAAAUAGAAGAACUUUUUUUUUUUUUUGCCACACAACACAGUUUUGGUCUCAUACUGUAAAAUGGUCUAGCUCGUGGAUGUCAGAUACUGACAUGUAUUCCAGUGUAUGUGUUGUGUGUAUAUAUAUAUUAUAUAUAGUUCUAUUAACACAAAUGAUCCUCGCCGCCCUGGAAGUGAACCUUUUUAAAAUGCCCUCUGCCAAUACACCAGCUUGUACACACACACACACACACGCAUGUACACACACACAUACACGUUUUGUCUCAUUCUGUGAGGACUGUCCACACGUCGUUCACGUUGUAAAUACACUGUAUAUAGUCUCAGACUUUUUAUGACAGAUCUGUGUUGUCGUGCUAGUAAUACUUUCCAAGCUUACUGUGGACUUUAGUGAUAAAUGGCUAAAGUUAGUAUGUAUAUGAAAAAGACAAAUGCAAAACCAUUUAUUACAGUUUUUACCAAAGGGAGUUGAUUAUAAAAAUAGCAUUUCUUUUCUUUUCUUCCCCUGCCCCCCUUUGUUGUGUUCCUUUUUUUAUGUCUUUACUUUUUUUAAUUUUCAGGAGUAAAAAAAAAAAUUGUGGAAAAGUAGAAAUGUAUCCAGGUCUUUCAUUUUAUUUAAUUUUUUUUUUAUAUAUGAGGAAUGACUUCUGGGUUUUUUUUCUGAAUGUUACAUUUCGUUGGUUUGGAAAAAGAAAAAACGAAGAAGAGGAGAAUCACUGCCCCGCCCUCUUUUUUUUUUUUUACACCCGACACCGUCCGAGGGGGAUGCUGGGACUUUAAUUUAAUUUGUCUUCAGGUGAAUAGACUCCACAGCGGUCUCGGCCUCGAGGCGCACGCUGCCCUCCCUGGAUAGAUUUCUGCUGCAAUCAUCACCCCCCCACACCAUAUUUUUGAUAUUGGAGGAAGUCACGCGAGCAUGUCUUAGGUCCCUUUAUUUAGACAUUAUUUAAAGUAAUAAUAAAAACGACAUUUGUAGCUUA